GUAUAGUCUUACUCCAUAGCCCAUUCCACCACCAUUUCAGCAACACAGCCAAAGCCGCUCAGCUCAGCGUGUUGCUACUUGCUUUCACUAGUCGCUACUACACCAUGGCUCCUCUGCUCUUCAGGGACAUGAAGGGCCUCUCGUGCUCGUCGCCGGCGUCCACCGCGAUAUGCCCGAGCCUGGAGCGGCAGCCGAUGGUCCGGUCACACAAGGCCAUUGCCAGUGCCAGCCCGCUGUCGCAGGUCCCCACCGAGCCCAGGACGCACAGGCACGACGGCAAGAAGGGGCAGCAGCACAAGGCCGCCGCCGUCUCAAACGGCGGUGGCCUCGUCAGCCCCGCCGGCUCGUCCAGGUACCUGCUCAGCGGCCGCUUCGCCUCCGCCACGCAGGAGGAGAUCCAGGAGGUGGAGACUGCCCCGGCCGUUGAUGCCAAGCGGGAGGAAGCAAGCGAAGCAGCUGAUGCGAAGAACACACAGGCGCAAGAACAGGUGGUUGUGCUGAAGGUAUCCCUGCACUGCAAAGCAUGCGCUGGGAAAGUGAAGAAGCACCUCUCCAAGAUGGAAGGUGUGACGUCGUUCGACAUCGACUUCGCGGCGAAGAAGGUGACGGUGGUCGGCGACGUGACGCCGCUGGGGGUGCUAAACAGCGUGUCCAAGGUGAAGAACGCCCAGCUCUGGGCGGCGGCGCCGCCGCCGCCGACGGCGAUAGCCGUCUGAAGGACGAAAAAGAGGCGAAAAGGAAAUCUGGAAGCCAAAGCUAGCGUAGCCUAUAGGAUCCGUUGCGCGUUAGGUGUGGCUGGUAGGGGGUGCGGCUCUGGAGCCGUGCACGUACGCGUGUGGGGGCGCCGAGCACGGCCGGCCCCGCUGGGCCAGCGCGCGCGGCUGUGACUGGCGCGUCUCUGCGAGCGCUGUCUGCUCGACCUGCAUGCGUCCACCGUGCGCUACUGCCAUGGCCCUUGAAUGCAGCUUUGGUUUCUUCCCGUGGUCGUCUUGUGAUCCUCCCUUGUUUUGCUGUGGUUGGCGCCAUGCGACAUGCGAGGUGAGCAUGCCGUCUUGGUGCUUCCUUCUGGUAUGAGUGGGUGACUCUGCUUUUUUUGUUUCCCCCCUUUUCUUCUUGCUGUAAGCCUGUAAUAUAUAAGAAUGGAACUGCAUUGCUGUCCUGGUCUUUUAUGGAAAAGUGAAUGACGUGAA